CUAAUCUUCUGUUGAACUAUUCAUAGAUGAAAUGUCAAGUAAAUAAAUACCUAAAUGUAAUAUAUGGUGAGCUGUGAAUACAGAAAUCCGGUGAAUUGAUUAGGAAGUAGUUGAUAAUUCCAGCAGUAUUGUAGUUGAUAAUCAGCGGUAUUUUGUACAAAAUGUCGACAUGUCUUCGUCUACCAACGAUAUUCUUCUACUACAGUUGGAAGAUAAAGAAGAACACUCAACAAACCCACGUACUGGUACCAAAAUCAUAGAUAACCGUGAUUCCGCCAACAAGCCUAAGACAGUUGAGACUUCUUUAUGGGGCGAUUCUACCAGGAAGCAAAUUGCUAUUUUGACAUUUCUAUUAAUGCUACAGAUAUUUGUAAGUUGUUGUGCGAGUAUACAUGUUGCAUUUUUCACACGUGUAGUUCUAGAAAAGGGUGGGAGUGUGUUACAUGCUGCAAUCAUACUGCAAAUCUACACCGCAGCAACAACGGUAUUUGGACCUAUUUUUGGCAAAUUUCAGCACAAAUUCGGAAGCAGAAACUUAAUAUUUGCUGGUUCUGGCAUAUGCGGCAUCUGCCAAGCUCUCUUGGGUACUCUGCAAUACGUAAAUAACUUAGUGUUAUUUAUUGCAGUAGGUAUCGCUUUGCGGUUUCUCACUGGAAUCGGUAACUCUGCUUAUAACACCGCAGCCACCACAAUUGCUUGUCAAGAAUUUCCAGAACAUGUGAGUAAAGUGUUCGGAUUUCUGCAGGCGGCGUCAGGGUGUACUUUGUUCGUAGCUCCGGCAUUGGGUGGCGUAUUGUAUGAGUAUUUUGGAAUGUUCAUGCCUUUAGCUACUGCUGGUGGAAUUGUUGUAGGAUCUAUGAGUUUCCAGUAUUUUGUAUUUCCGGAUUACAGCGAAAUAAAUAAAAACAAGCAACAAGAGCCGGAUAAAUUCAACUCCUGCACUUUUCUACUCGAUCCAUUGGUAAUUGGAAUAUUGUGCGUGGUUGGAAUUGGGAGCGGCGUGUUCGGCUAUUGUGAAGUAGCACUUACUACAUAUUUUGAUGAAAGAAACUUAUCUACUUCAUAUGCAGGCGCAGCAUUGUUUGCAAUUGGUGUGUCCUAUGCAAUAUUUUCGUCAUUGACGGGAUACGUUAUAAGCUGGAAACCGAAUAUUCGACCGCAUUCGUUAAUUUUGGGAUUGAUGGGAAUUGGCGGUGUAAUGUGGUUAUUCUCAAUAGAUCAAAUUCUUGGUGUGGUGUACUUCGGUGCGUUCCUGUUGGGAGGUUUUGCGGGCAUGUGCGUCGUGCCAGCGUUUGAAGAGUUGUUGGUAAUUGCCAACAAAGGAAUUAUAACAAAAAAUACAAACACUGGAAUAUAUAGCAAUGUUUCGGGAAUAUGGUAUGCAAACAUGGGCAUUGGAAUGACAGUGAUACCUAUAGCAACAUCAGCAAUAAAAGAUUGGACAAAAUCUCCUUUUUCAAUAAGUUUUUAUGGUCUUUCCAUUUUUCACAUCGUAUGUACAUCACUUCUAGCCAUUUUUAUGAUAUAUAAAAGAGUACGCAACAGGCGCAAUUAAAAAUAUGGGAUAGCUCUCAAAACAAAAACAAAAAACAGUUUUUCUAUAAGCUAACUUCGCCACAUUUAGAAGUGAGAAUAUAGCCUUCAACCUCGUAUUCUCUCAGUUUACGUGAUUUUUGUGUUUUUUCAUUUGCUAGUUCGUCAUUGGGCGCGUCCAAUUACAAAUAUUUUACUGUAUUUACCUUGUUGAUUAAAAUAUGACAUUUGUACUUUUUCUUCUUUUUUUAUUUCCUCCCGACAUUUAUCGCUUCUUUUGACAAUUAUAGAGAUGUAAUCGAUGUCACUCAAUUGCCAGAGACAUUAAUUCUUCCUCUUGUUUUCCUUAUGUUGAGUACAAAUUUGCCUGACCCACAGUUUAACAAAAUCUCUUUUCAUGUGAUAGCACUUUGUGUUUUGCGUUUUUGUCACAAAAAAGGCUACAGUGUAAAUUACAACUUGGGCAUAAUCACGAUUUCUUUUGAGACACAAAUGAAUGAUCCACCACUGUCAAAUUGGUUAUAUAUAUGAAAUUUAUUAUGUCAAGAAUUCGCUUAAGUUUUUUACUCAAGAGUCAAGACCCAAUCUGAAUUAUUUGAGGAAAUAUUAUAACCUUUUCAUGAUCAUCAAUGAUGAGUUCUCGUCAAUUUCAUGAAAUUGUGUCUGAUUUUAUUACAAUUACGUGACAUGCAA